AGAGAAAGAGAGAGCGCGAGAGACAGACGUCAGAGAAGGAGAAUAUGCAGCCUGCCAUACAAAAGUGUAUAGUGCAGUGGAUGUAAAUAUACGGCGUUUCCAUACUUUUCUUACUCCCACCCCUUUUUGCCCAAGACAGAAUCGGGGCUUCUUCGAUCAUGGUUCGGGGAAAUAGAUAUUAUUCUGUAUUCAGCUGGGACAAUCGAAAUUAAAUAAUCAACGUUAGGGGGCCUUCUGAAACAGCAAAAGAGAGUGUAUGUAUUAUUUUGUAGAAGUCACUGCAGUGCCAGAACACAAGACAACCGAAAAGGAAGCAGAGAGAGAGAAGGGUGAGGACCGGGAGCGCUGGAGAGCUCAUCGCCGGCUUCCGGGCAUUCGGGGCGGCAUUAAAAUCGCAGACGUCCCUCCUGGAGGAAAAGCAAGCCAAAAUACCGUCAAUAUUGGACUGAAAUCUCUGGAAGCAUUUAAAGAACGGUGGAUUUUGUUUCUGCGAUGUCCAGGAAAGUGCAAAGAAGCGAGGUGUGCGCCGACUGCAGUGCACCAGAGCCGGGCUGGAGCAGUAUAAACCGAGGGGUUCUGAUCUGCGAUGAGUGCUGUUCUGUGCACCGGAGCCUGGGCCGACACAUUUCCAUCGUCAAACACCUACGACACAGUGGCUGGCCUCCCUCCUUACUGCAGAUGGUGCAGACCCUGGCCAGUAAUGGCGCUAACUCAAUCUGGGAACACUCCCUGCUGGAUCCAGCACAGGUUCAGAGUGGGCGCAGGAAACCAAACCCACAAGAUAAAGUCCACCCCACAAAGUCAGAGUUCAUUCGUGCCAAGUACCAGAUGUUAGCCUUUGUCCACAAGCUGCCCUGCCGUGACGAUGAUGGGGUCACCACCAAGGACCUCAGCAAGCAACUGCACUCUAGUGUACGGACAGGAAGUCUGGAGACAUGUUUACGGCUGCUGUCUCUGGGGGCACAAGCCAACUUCUUUCACCCGGAAAAGGGCACGACCCCUCUGCAUGUGGCCGCCAAGGCGGGGCAGGUUCUGCAGGCUGAGCUGCUGGUGGUGUAUGGGGCAGAUCCAGGAGCUCCAGAUAUCAAUGGCCGCACACCCAUAGACUAUGCCCGGCAAGCAGGACACGUGGAGCUCGCUGAGCGCUUGGUGGAGUGUCAAUAUGAGCUCACGGACAGAUUGGCCUUUUACUUGUGUGGCAGACGCCCAGAUCACAAGAACGGACAUUAUAUUAUCCCUCAGAUGGCAGACAGAGCUCGUCCUAAGUGCCCGACGCAGAGCCUGGACCUCUCUGAACUGGCCAAGGCAGCUAAGAAGAAGCUUCAAGCGUUAAAUAACCGCUUGUUCGAGGAGCUGGCUAUGGAUGUGUACGAUGAAGUGGACCGUAGAGAGAAUGAUGCAGUCUGGCUGACAACUCAGAACCACAGUACGCUUGUAACGGAACGGAGUGCUGUCCCCUUCUUACCGGUUAACCCUGAAUACUCAGCGACACGCAACCAGGGGCGACAGAAAUUGGCUCGCUUUAAUGCACGAGAAUUUGCCACCCUCAUUAUCGACAUCCUCAGUGAUGCCAAGAGACGACAGCACGGAAAAGGCUUGACAAGCCCCACAGACCCUCUGGAUCUGAGUCAGGCAGACGAUGACCAGCACGAUUAUGACAGCGUAGCAUCUGAUGAGGACACAGACAGCGAGCUGACUGCACAGAAUAACAACAACACCCAGCGAAACAACAGGGCCAAGAGCAUGGAUUCAUCCGACCUGUCAGAUGGGCCCAUCACACUACAGGAGUAUCUGGAGGUGAAGAAAGCAUUGGCUUCUUCGGAGGCCAAAGUUCAACAACUAAUGAAGGUCAACAACAACCUGAGUGAGGAGCUAAGGAGGCUUCAGAAGGAGAUCACGCGGAUGCAGUCGGAGAACAGCGUGCUGCGGGGGGCCCAGGCUGGAGCCGGGGGCAAUCCGACCGGGGGUGGUGGCCAAGGACUGUGGCCUGGUGGGGUAAGGGGUACGGGAGGUGGCGGAGGGGUUGGCGGAGACUCCGGCCUAACAACACCCUCCUCCAACCCCCUCCGCCGGGACAGACAAGCCUUCUCUAUGUAUGAGCCUGUGGUGACCACCCCCAAAGCUCUUACCCCAGCCCUGGACCCCCUGACUGGCCGCCUGCAGCCUCUCAGCCCCACCGUGCGAAAGGGAGCCCCUGCAGGUCCAACCCCCUACGGAGGGCCGCACCUGUCAGCCUCCACUGAGGGACGGUAUAAUCCUCCUAAAACCGGAGAGAAGUAUGGGAGCGGCACAGAUAGUGACUAUGACAACUCUCAAACUUACGAUGUCUCCCUUGGCGUGGGCCGCAGCAGUGAGGACGACAGUAGGGGGGAUGUGGACGAGAGAGAGUGUGAUCCUGACCCCACGCUGCCCUGCACGGAGGACGUCAUCCUCAAGACAGAGCAGGUCACCAAGAACAUCCAGGAGCUCCUGAGAGCUGCACAGGAGUUUAAACAUGACAGUUUUGUGCCAUGCUCGGAGAAGAUCCACUUAGCUGUGACAGAAAUGGCUUCUCUCUUUCCCAAGAGGCCAGCGUUGGACGCAGUGCACUCCUCUUUGAAGCUCCUGGCAGCCAGUGCCUCCCGUCUACAGGUGGAAUGUCGCAAAGCGGCUCCCUCCGACUCGUCAGCCAGCACGGUGGACUAUCAGCUCCUCACACAACAGGUCAUCCAGUGUGCCUAUGACAUUGCCAAAGCUGCUAAGCAGCUGGUCACCAUCACCACCCGUGAGAAGAAACAGUGACCCACCCUGUGCAGUGGGGUCCGUCGGGCAGGGGAUGGCUGAGAAAGGGAUGAGUAGGAAGACACUAUACUGAGAAACUGGUGGAUGAUGGAGAAAGGAAGUGACAUAUGGUAGAUAGAAAAAGAAAGUUCAGAUGGACCAGAAUGUUGAAUGUUCUGUGUUUUGAGGAUUUUCUUUCUUUGACAAAUCUAAAUACGACAAUAUUGUCUGUUAGCACGCAGACGACUACCGUCUUGUUGUAUUUCUCUGUCACAAAUACACAAGCACUCCUAAUCUCAUCUGGAGAACCACAAUCUUUCCUUCUGUAUUGAUUUCUUCUUUCUUUUUCUUCUCUCUCAUAAUCCAUUUUGUGUUUUUAAAUGCUGCUCCAUUGGCCUGUUUCUCUUGGGACAGAUGUACUGACUUCUAAACGAAACAAAACGAAAAACACUGGAGUUGUUUUAAUGUUUAUGACUUUUGUUUUAUAUUAUUGUUACAAUUAUCAUUGUCCUUGAUCUUUUCUUUUGAUUUUUGUCUUUUGAUAAUCCGUUUAGUUUUUUAAGUGGAAAUCAUGCUUAAUGGGUGAACAAUAACCUGUGAAACUUAAGCAAAACUCUCCCGUCCUCCAGUGUAAUAACACUGGUUCACUCACAGUGUUUUACUAUGUAUACUAAUUUUGUUUCUCGAAAUGUGUUGAACACUAGCCAAAGGAACAGAGGGGAGUGAUGACUACAGUUGCGGAUCCCUCUAUUUUCUUCUAGCACAAAGACAGCGGUUGGGGUUAAUGUACAGAAAACGCCCUGGCGGAGAGACAGACAGCCCUAGCUCCUCUCAUCUCAUUUCAAUCCCUACAUUAGUGGGUUUGUUUUCAGUACAAUGCAAAUGUGUUAGCACAAUCAUCACAUUAUUUUCCUCUCUGGCUUAUUAGUGUGGGAAACGAGCCAUUUUAUCAAAGGCCACCACUAUUGGACAUCUCGUCUUUAUUUCCUGCACAUAAACUUCAUUGAUGAUUCUAAUGGCCUUCUUCAUGAGCUUAGUGGAGUUCAGACUUUUUAAUGUGGACUCUGCCAUUCAGGACCAGAUCUGUGUGUCUGUGUGUCUGUCUGUGUGUCUGUCUGUGUGUCUGUCUGUGUGUCUGUCUGUGUGUGUGUCUGUGUGUGUGUGUGUGUGUGUGGUGGGUUUUUUUUUCCAUUUGAAAAUAUUUUAUUUCUGGAUUAUUCAUGCCUCAUGCUUUACAAUAUUUCCUGUUUUUUUUUUUUUUAUCAGAAUGCAUAUGUGUGGUUAAUGUUUAUUAAUGUAAAAUGACCCUUGUUAUGUUCUAUAAGCUACAACCAUGUGAAUGUUGAUGGUUGAAGAUGACCACUAUCAAUGUUCUCAUCAUUUACAUUACAGUUGCAGUCAUAAGAAAAACAAAGAUGUCCAACCACUGCAUUAGGACAAGUGAACUUCUGUUGGAGAUAUAAAGUUAAUGCUAAACUCCUUUGAUUUUCAUGGGAGAGGAUUUAAACUGGAGCUUCCAGUAUGUACGCGUGCACCGAUAACAUUUUUAACGAAAUUGAGGCUUGAUACCACAUCUGCGUACAAGCACUAUCAAAUGUAGUAUUCAUUGUAGUUCGAUUCUAGAAACCCAUCUCAUGCUGCAAGCCUUAAAAUUCCCUUAUGCAUGUUCUUUUACCUCCCCCACCAGCCUUUUUAAGUUAAGCCAUGUUUUGUUCUUGCCUUUUGUUCUUAUAACUUUUUUCAAUAUGGGGUAUUGGAUGAUGUUAACGUCCCCUAAAAUGUGUCCAAAAGAUUGUCUGAAAAUCUAUGAUCAUUGCAUUUGCACAUCUGCUAGACUGACUCUAUAAGCGUCUGCUGUUUCUUUCAUUACACAGUACUUACCGUAUGUGAAUGCAUUUCUUCCACACUAGAAGCACACAGUGAGUACAAGUGUGUUGGAUGUUUAAAUGUUUUAUUUUUCCAGAUUUUUAGUUUUCCACUAAAUAUGUCAGGAGGAUCACUAGGUAACGGUUUGCUAUGUGAUGUUAUUGGGAGAAAGACCUUUGGUCAUUCUUAAAUAAGCACUAAAUUCAGAGGUGUAUGGGAGAGGGAGUCAUUGCACACUUUAUAGACAUUGCAUACUUUGCUCACACAAUGCACGAGUAAAUUAAUUUCUUUAAAUAAAUGAAUACACACACACACACACACACAGGACCACUCUUCUGUAAUGCAGUCAUACUAGUAGUUGCACUGUACUUGUAAUGACUGAUAUUUCUGAUACCACACAGCUCUUACAUGAGAGAUCAGCUGAUGGGAGAAAUUUGUUAAGCAAAGAUUACCUGUAAAAAAAAAUAAAGAAAUUAAAAGUGAAAACCAUUUUAAAUCGUAAUAAAGACUCAUAGGCUGUACAUUUGUAAUAAAUAAAUGAAACUAAAAUUGU